AUGCUGUUGCCACGCCCGCUGCUCGCCUUUGCCGCCCUCGGGCACGCCGCCCAACCAGGCGCCGUCAAGCCCGUCGCCGCCCCGAUGCGCGACCUGACCUGGGGCCAGCUCAACUUCCUGCACACCACCGACACCCACGGCUGGCUUGGAGGCCACAUGCGCGAACCGCAGUACUCGGCAGACUGGGGCGACUACAUCUCCUUCUCAAACCACCUGCGGAAGCGAGCCGACGAUGCCGGAACCGACCUCCUCCUCGUCGACACGGGCGACCGGAUCGAGGGCAACGGCCUCUACGAUGCCUCGACGCCCAAGGGCCUCUUCCAGUACGACAUUUACGCCCAGCAGCACGUCGACAUCAUCUGCAUCGGCAACCACGAGCUCUACCAGGCCUACUCGGCCGACCGCGAGCACAACACGACGGUUCCCAACUUCAAGCACAACUAUAUCGCCUCCAACCUGGAUUACGUCGACUCAAGUGGCCGCCGGAAGCCGCUCGCCCAGCGGUAUCGUCGAUUCAAGACCAAGAACCAGAAGCUCGACAUCAUCGCCUUCGGCUUUCUCUUUGACUUCACCGGCAACGCCAACAACUCCGUCGUCCAGCCCGUCGCCGAGACGGUCAAGGAGCCCUGGUUCCAGGAGGCCAUGCGCCAGAAGCCCGACCUCUUCGUCGUCAUCGGCCAUGUCGGCCUGCGCAUGGAAGAAUUCCGCACCAUCUUCACCGCCCUGCGCAAGCAGAACUGGCACAUCCCCAUCAUCUUUUUCGGCGGUCAUGCCCACGUCCGGGAUGCCCUCAGCUACGACGCCCAGUCCAUCUCCCUCGCUUCGGGACGCUACAUGGAGACAGUGGGCUGGCUGUCUGUCGACGGCCUCAAGCCAAAGUCUGCCUCCGCCUCCGCCUCCUCGUCCGUCAAGUUUAGCCGAAAGUACAUUGACAAUAACCUCUACGGCAUGCACUACCACACGGGCCUCAACGAGACGACCUUUCCCACCGAGGAAGGCGUCCGCGUCAGCGGCAUGAUUUCUCGCGCCCGCAAGUCCCUCCAGCUCGACGAACAGUAUGGCUGCGCCCCCAAGGACCUCUGGUUGAACCGCGCCAAAUACCCGGGAAAAGACAGCAUUUACUCGUGGAUCCAGGACGAAGUCUUCCCGGACAUCAUCGUCAACGAAACCCGCAAGAGCAAGCCGCGGCUCGCCCUCAUGAACACGGGCGGCAUGCGCUUUGACAUCUUCAAGGGCCCCUUCACCAGGGACAGCGCCUACCUGGUGAACCCGUUCAUCAACCGGUUCAACUACGUAGCCGACGUCCCGUACGAGGUGGCCAAAAAAGUACUCGGCAUCCUCAACAGCGCCGGCAAGGUGCUCAACAUGGACAUGCGCUAUUUGACGAUUCCCGAGCAAAUGUUUCUGAGCGUCGCCGAAACGCAGCAGGAAGCCCCCGAGACGCACCGGGAGGCCCGGAUCGAGCUCCGGAGUGAAGGCCUCAUUGCUGGGUACACGACCAAUGACGACAUUGGUACUGACGGAGACGACACGGUGCACAAGCCCAUCAGCUUCCACGCCGUCCCCAACUGCGUCCAAUCCGAAAUUAACUUCCCUGACGGCCAGCCGGCGACGGUCGACGUAGUCUUUAUCGAUUUCCUCACACCCUGGAUCAUCCCCGCCCUCAAGUUCAGCGGAGGAGAUUACAGCGAGGCCGACGUGCACGGCUACAUGGAGGGCACCCUGAUGUACAAGCUGGCCGAGUGGAUCAAGACGAACUGGAAGUGCUAG